GAGAGGAGCCAGAAGUUCAGCCCGGCGAGCCCUCCGCCCUCCGUGCCCAUCUCCGCGCGCAAUUCCGAGCAAGGCUUUGCGGAGGACGGUUUCAAAGACCUCAAGGAGAUGGAGCGGGUGCCCUCCGACUCCGACCGUAGUGUGGUGUCGCGGCUGGAGCUGUCGAAGGCCUCGUGGCACUUGCAGCACAACCUCAAGGUCUCCGAUGCCCAGCUGGUGCUCAACCGCCUGCGCCUGCGGUUGGGGGCCUGGAACUCCCCGCUGGUCACCGGGGCCUCGCUGCACGACGCCUGCAGCUCACUUGGACUCACCAAGUACACGGUGGAGGACAUGAACAUCAUGCUGAAUCAGCUGGCGGGGUUCAUCGACCUCACCUUUGAGAAUGAUGCGCAGGAGAGGCAGAAGAGACAGAGCGGGAAGCAGACCAUGUUCGGCUUCGCCCACAUCGAAGGGCCAGAGGUCAUGGGCAAGCCGCAGUGGCGCUGGCCAGAGGAGUCUUACGUCCACCCAACGAGCAGGGCCUCCACUUUGAGGAAGUCCGGCUCGAUGAUGCCGCCGGAGCUGUUGGAGGAGCAGAUGUCGCAGAAGAAGUGCUACAACUGCGUGCCGACCCGCGCGCUCAUGGAGGUCUUUUUGGCCCAGGAGGAGGCCAUCCACAGGAGGAUCUUCGGGGCCCGGUUGCAGCCGCAGUUUCAGGCGAUGAAAGAGAUCCUGCUGGCCGGCGACACGAACCGCCUGGUGGCGGAGCUGACCUUUGUGCGGAUCAACGACCUGGCGGCGCCCCCGGAGCCUAUGAGCUUCAGCCUGCUGAUUGAGCCUCUGGUGGCCGUUCUGAUUGUUGCCAACGGCGUGAUGAUCGGGUUUCAGACGGACCCCCUGUAUCGGAGCUGGCCUGGGUGGACCUACUUGGAGAUCAUGUUCGCCACCUUCUUGGUGAUCGAAGUGUCCAUACGCAUGUACCUCAUGGGCUGCCACGAGUUUUUCCGUGGCCAGGAGAGCGCCUGGAAUCUCUUCGACAUGUUUCUGUCCUGCACGGGGGUGGUGGACGUCUGCGUGCAGCUGGUGCGGGGGGAGAGCAGCGACGUCUUCGGCACCUCUUUGCUGCGCUUCUGCCGGCUCAUCCGCCUGGUGAGGAUCGUGAAGGUCUUCCGGCUGAAGUUUAUGAAGGACCUGCGGCUCAUGGUGAAGGGCCUGGUGGCGGGCAUCAAGACGCUGAUCCUGGCCUUUACUUUGCUCUUCACGGUGCUCUACGUGAUCUCGGGUUUCGCCACUAUGACCAUCGGCACCAGCAAGCAGACGGAGGACCUGAACCUCUCGGUCUUCUUCGCCACGAUCCCUGCCUCCAUGUUCACCUGCUUCCGCUGCUUCACCGGAGAGUGCGUGAACGACUCGGGGCAGCCCAUCCACUCGAUCCUCGCUUCGGAGUUUGGGCUGCCCUUCAUCAUGGGCUAUGUGGCCAGCUUCAUGCUGGUGACCAUGGGCAUCUUCAACGUGAUCCUGGCGGUCUAUGUGGACAUCACGAUGAAGGCCGCGAAGGAGAACGACCUGGUGACCUUCGAGCAGCACAACCGGGAGGCCAUCCGCGUGGCGCGCAUCGCGCGGGAGCUGCUGAAGAAGUUCGCCGCGGCCUUCCGGGUCUUCCAGGACUUGGACGACACGGAGGACAAGCAGCUGAACAUCAAGAACACGGAGGCGUGUUUCAUGGAUGGGGACAUGAUGGAGGGUGUGGCGAUCACCAAGGAGCUCUUUCUGAUGGUGAUCCAAGACCGAAGGGUGCAGGCGCUGAUGGACGAGUUGGAGCUUCCCCCGGACCGCGCCAACUUGUUCGAGAUCAUCGACGCGGACAGCUCCGGGACGCUGCAAUUGUCGGAGCUGGUGCACGGCCUGCUGAAGAUCCGGGGAGAGAUCGCCAAGAGUGACGUGGUGGCGGGUUUGCUGGCCACCAAAGCGGUGUACGAGAAGGUGGAGGAAAUGUUGGAGAAUUUGUUGGACCUCAGGACCCAGCUCACAGGCCUGCAAGUGGAGAUGCGCCUGCAGAAGGAGGAGAGCUUCACACACAGCCUGCCGGUGGCGGGGCAGGAAGAGAAGGAUCUGGUGAUGCCGAAGGAAACCCAGUCCACCAGUUUCCUGCUGCAGGUGCCCGCCCGGCCAUUGGAGAUCUGCGAGGAGGACGACUUGCCGAUGUUCUUGCCCUCGCCGCAGAGCCGUACCAGACCCGUCUGAGGAUUUUUGGAAAGCGGUCCGAAAACGGGAUCGAGCGCAAGCGGGUUUGGAAGCCAAGCGGGGUUUGGAGCCUGAUAUCUCAUUGGGGGCUUGCAAUUGGGGGGUUUUGGGGGGGCGGGGAAGGUCAUCGGGGGAGCGCCAGGGCAAGCUAAGCUUCUGGGGCUAUGGCCUGCCGUGUCGGGCUCCCCUUCCAUGACCUUUGUUCCGGGCGCAGGAGUUUUGUGGCCAAGCCUUUGUUACAAGAACGACUGCCAGCUCACUUCACUUUCGCCAAUGGUAGUUUCAUGGCCUGUGAGACCAUGAAAGCCUGUUGCGGGGAGCUAGUGCGCCCUGAGACGGGGUUAGCUCAGCAACAGAAAUGCGUUUGCGCGCAGUCACGCAACGGUAAUGGUAUUCCGCCAGAGGCGGGCAUUCGAAUGGACAGUUGUGCGGAUCCUUCCUUUUUUACCGGAAUCGGGCUGUAACAGCAUCCGCAAAGAUCUCCGGUUUGAUUCCAGGCGAAAUGUCUGGUGAGUUUUGUCGCCCAAGGCGGCAGGAAGGAGCCGAAGACAGACUCUUGUUGGACACCUCUUGGCCGAAGUGCCAAAAACGGCCGA